AUGAACGAAGCCAAAGAAAAAUGGGAUUCUUCCAAUGUGAGCAAAUCCCUCAACAAGGCUGUAGCGGCAGUUCCACAAAGCACCAAGGACAUGUUGGCGUCCAAGAGCGGAGAACUCUUUAAUCGUUCCAAUCUGCGAGGCUUUCAAGCGUGUUUUGGGAUUGGGCAGAAUGACGGCAACUCGGCAUUUUCCAUGGAAAAGUCGUUUGGACCCUUGAAGAAUCGUGUCACCACCAAUUUGCAAUUCUUUUACUUGAAUUAUUUGUUAUUGGGAGCCUUUUUGUUUUGUCUGACUCUGAUUGUCAGUCCCUCGGCCAUUAUUGGAAUGGGUCUUCUGGUGGUAGUCUGGAUCCUCUUUAUUCAGCGGGCCAAACAAGAAAAGCCAUUGUCCAUUUGCGGCAAGGAAUUGACGGACAAGCACGCGACGGAUGUUUUGAUUGUGUUGACAGCAGUAGUGCUGUUUUUCAUUUUGGAGGGUGCCUUUUGGUACGCCUUGGGGACUACUUUGCUGUUGACAAUCUUGCAUGCCGCGACAAGAAGUGAAUUCGACUAUGAAGAAGUAGCAUCCGCAGACGAUGAGUUGGCCCAGGCUGAAAAAACUGUAGGAGAAAACACGAAACUGAUGAUCAAAAGUCGUGCCAAGGUUUCGAAUGAUGUGGUCUAA